AAGGUCCGAGCGGCGGGUGCGGUGACAGCGGGGGCGCGGCGGAGGUGGCUGCGGUAGUGCUGAUCGCCAUGGAUUUCAACGUGAAGAAGCUGGCGUCGGAUGCGGGCGUCUUCUUCUCCCGCGCCAUGCAGUUUACAGAGGAAAAGUUGGGCCAGGCUGAGAAGACUGAAUUAGAUGCCCACUUUGAAAACCUCCUGGCUAGGGCAGACUCAACUAAGAACUGGACAGAGAAGAUCUUACGCCAGACUGAAGUUCUGCUACAGCCAAACCCUAGUGCCAGAGUAGAAGAAUUCCUCUAUGAGAAACUUGACCGGAAGGUUCCUUCCCGGGUCACCAAUGGGGAGCUGCUGGCACAGUACAUGACAGAGGCAGCUAAUGACUUUGGGCCAGGGACACCUUAUGGGAAGACCUUGAUAAAAGUUGGAGAGACUCAAAGGCGCUUAGGUGCAGCAGAACGGGACUUCAUCCACUCUGCCUCCAUCAACUUCCUGACACCACUGCGCAACUUCCUGGAAGGGGACUGGCGAACCAUAUCUAAAGAGCGAAGGAUCCUGCAGAACCGCCGCCUGGAUCUGGAUGCCUGCAAAGCCAGGUUGAAGAAAGCCAAAGCUGCAGAAGCAAAAGCAGCGGCUGUGCCUGACUUUCAGGAGACUAGACCUCGUAAUUACGUUCUCUCCGCCAGCGCAUCAGCGCUUUGGAGCGACGAGGUGGAAAAAGCAGAGCACGAGCUACGGCUCACGCAGACCGAAUUUGAUCGACAGGCAGAGGUGACACGUCUGCUGCUGGAGGGGAUCAGCAGCACACACGUGAAUCAUCUUCGCUGUCUCCAUGAGUUUGUGGAGUCUCAGACCAACUACUAUGCUCAGUGUUAUCAGUACAUGCUGGACCUGCAGAAGCAGCUGGGCAGAUUUUCAGGCACGUUUGUAGGGAAUGCAGAAUCCACAUCUCCACCCCCAGCUGCUGCCUCUCCUCCAGCUGUCGCUGCCGCCGCUCUCCCCUCUGUGCCUACUAUUCCAGUGGUCCCCACGAUUGUUGGGGUGCCCAAUACUGUGGCAGAGAGUGUCCUGAACCCAAAUGAAGUCAAGCCUCCUGCCAGCGGGACGCGGAAGGCCAGGGUCCUGUAUGACUAUGAAGCAGCUGACAGCACUGAGCUGGCACUUCUUGCAGAUGAGAUGAUCACUGUGUACAGCCUGCCAGGCAUGGAUCCAGACUGGCUCAUAGGGGAAAGAGGGAACCAGAAAGGGAAAGUUCCUGUCACUUACUUGGAACUGUUAAGUUAAACGUCCCCCAGGAAGAAGAAUGUACAAACAGAAUGCACCCCUCAUCUCCUGGCACUUCUAACGUGGAUUUCUUCAUCAGAGAUCAUUGCUCUCUUCAGGGUUGGCACUCCAUUGCUAAUAUGGGAAUUGUGGGGAAGAAGUGGUAAAACUGUUACAGAAAGGUUGUGGGAAAGGGCCAGUGGCACCUGAGAAUUCAUAAAUACCAGUGCAGCCUGCUUUGAGGUUAGUCUUGAUGGUGCAAGAUUCCCUGAUUACUUUUUCUACUCUGCCCUACUCUUGUUUAUCACCAUGGCUUCCCCAGCACUCUGUGUCCCUCAGCUGCUGCUCACGGAGUUUAAGUUAUGCUUCCCUUGUGUUUGGUGUCAGCUAGUGCCUGUCUGCCCCUCCUCUUCUCUGUUCUUCAGCAGUAGAAAAGCCUGAGUCAAACCACUGAGCAUUCCAGUGGGAAAGUGUCCCACACAAACCCCCUCAUAUAAGCUAGCUCUCAAGGAAGCUACAUGUAAGAAUUAAGAGCCAGUUAAAUCCAACAGGGAGAGCAGUAACACAAGGCUUUCUAAGAGCUGUGCUUACUCCAGUGGUGCCUGAUGGCUUCCAUUUGUACUGUCCUCUGAAGCUGGAAUGAAAUGUCUUCGAAGACCAACCUAGUGACAGGGCCUGUAUGGCAGGAAUCAAACCUCAGUGCAAGGGACCAUGCAUCUUGCUUGCAUUUCCUCUGAAAAACUACUCGGACUGCAAAGAGUUUACAAGCCUUCUUACAAGCUUUGCUCCCUGUGUUAAUUGUCCUGGCUUUUCUUUCAGCGUCUGUUCCAGGCAUGUUUGAGCCUGACUUUACUUUCACCCUCGAUGACGGAUGUAACCAACACCUUCCCUCCCAUCUCAGCAGUGAGCAGACUUGGUGCAUCUCAGCACAGUAAGGAGCAGUCCCACUUGCUGUUACCUCCAAAGAGCCAUUCCUGGCUGCACACACAUCCAGCAGCUCAGGCUGCCCUGGUGCACGUGCUGGGUUAGCUCAAAGGGAGUGCUAAGGUGUGUAUGCAUUUUAAUCCUAUAAUGCUCUUUUUAGCUAGAGCUCAACUGAAGGACUGCUGUUGCUGUGUAACUAGUUUUCCACUUAAGCUGGAUUGAAGAGCAAUUCACCUGCACCAGGCUUUCUGUUCACUGCCUUUCCCCUGGUAUGGCAGAACUAACUUUGCUUGUUUAUCUUUUGCACUUUCCCCAAUGGUAUUGUGACCACUCUAAUGUAACAGGGCACUGAGCACCUGUGUAUGUAGGGCUCAUGGUUUUCAGCACUUAUUUGCCAAUAAAUGAACUGCCUGACCUCCCGCCUCAGUGUUGCUGUGUGCUCAGGGCUGCUCCGGUGUAACUGCAGCUUGUAGAGAGAGGGAUGCAGGUCAGGCAGGAGCUGUGCCACCCUGGUCUUGGAAGCUGGGGGUAAAAGCAAAACAAAGCUCCAAAUCCUCACUGAAACUCUCAGUGUCCUUAAGCUUGUGAAUGUCUUUCAGUUCCUUUCCAGAUGUCUCCUUGUGCUACAGAUUCAUGAAUUCUGAGAAACAGCUCCUCCUUCACCUAAAGCAAAACUAGGGCAGCAGAAUGACUUUAGCUGCUGAGAAACUGGGAAUGUUAUUCAACAUCUAACAACCCUUUUUGUUGUUAUGGAAACUACCUCUGCUGCCAAUCUAAAACCUUAAAGCCUGGUCCCUAGCCCCCAGCUGGGAAAGGAGGGAUAGAAGGAACUCCUGGGAGAAGAAGCCGUUACAAUGCUCUGUAAUGUAGCAGUAACUCUGUUUUUCUACAGUAACCAACUUACAGUUUUAGUUUUACAAUUGCAGUGAUACAGCUUCACUGUAGAUACCUAUUCCCAAGUUACAACCCUGUUAUUCCUCUCUGUGGUGUAUUACAGAAAGAACAGCAGCAACACCUAACGAUGCAGAAAACGCACCUCAGAACAGGCAGAAGGAAGCCUACCUAGCACCAGCACUCCUUUGUCAUUAGGAAAGGCACAGGGAAAGUCUGGUGCUGUUUCAGGUUUGGAACUAACAGGCUGUCUGCACAAUGACUGCACUCCUGUCUGCUUAUUUGCAAAUGUCCAAAUCUCCUACAGGACAUUGCUGCCCCCUGACCCAGAGGGCUCCUCUCCAGCUUAAUAGUGCUCCAAGCCUCUCCCUGUGGCUGAGAGGCAGGUAAAGGCUAAUUCAGAGAUGCAGUGCUUCUGUCUAAAGGAACAAAAUAAAAUACAACCAAUU